CAGUCACAGCAUCCAUGAAAUAUUAAUGAUGCUUUGAUUGAAAUUCUUUGCUCACUUUAUCGAUUUUGAAUUCAAAUUAAGCUUUAACAUCCAUACUUUAUUAAGGGUAUAUUGAAGUGUAUGCAUUUAUUGUUAUUACAUCACAACAUCCUGGACAAUCCGUUACGAAGAUAAAUUUGAGUUACCCAUCAAUUGAAAGUCUUGUAUCCAGUUAACAAAGAUGGACACCGCCCCACAGCCUGAGGUGAAUUCUAUUCGUGCUUUGUGGAUACAUUACCGCGAUUCCUCAACUCUCCAUGGCUUGUCUCAUAUCUCAGGGCGAAGAACGUGUACCCGUGGAGUUAUAUGGUUUAUGCUGGUAAUGGUCAUGGGUAUUUCACUCACAGUGACUUUAUAUGACCUCAAGGAACAGUAUUUCUCGUACCCAACGUUAACCAUGCUCAAUAUCAAGAUGUCGCAUGAACUAGAAUUCCCUGCAGUCACCCUGUGUAACAUCAGCCCAUACAAGAUGUCCAAACUGAAUCCAGACGAAGCCAUGUUGGAUUACCUGAAGAGAGAAAGCAACAUGGGUUCCUUUAUGCCUCCAAUGAACUUCAGCGAUUCAAAGUAUAAACUGCUUUUUAAAAACGUGGAAGAAGAUUGGUUGUUCAAUGUUAGCUUCAGCAUCAAGGAUUUGUUUAUCGCAUGCAAGUGGAAAGAAACACUGUACUUCGACUGUACUAAGUUGUUUAUUCCUUAUAAAACAGAGUGGGGACUCUGUUUCUCUUUUAACGGUUUAGACUCGCCCGAGAUCCAUAAAAUUGGUUAUGUUGGAAGUAUUCUGGGAUUAUCUUUCUUCAUCCACGUGAAUCAAAGUGAUUAUGUCUAUGCCAGGAACAUGGGGGCGGGGCUGAAGAUCGUCCUCCAUGCCCACAACGAGGAGCCGAACGUGAUGGACUCCGGUUACCUGGUGCCCCCGGGGACCACCACGUACAUCCCCAUAGAACGCAAGGAGUACAAAUUUCUCCCCAGUCCUUUCAAAGCUUUCGGCAAGGAGUAUUGUUUGGACACGGAGAGUGCUGGGUUCCAGAACCACCUGAAGCACCACCGGCUGUAUAGUUACAGCGGGUGUCUCAGAGAGUGCAAGGAGAGAUUCGCCUUCCAGAAAUGCCAGUGUCGGAAUCACCAUGAUCUAGGUGAUGCGGAGCCAAUCUGCUCCAUAGAGAGAGAUUACAACUGCCACAAGCCAGCCAGAGAGGAGUUCAACGGGAACGUCACCCUGCAGGCCGCCUGUGGCUGCUCCAUCCCGUGCUCCCUAACAGAAUACACCACCCGUAUAUCACACGCAACGUUUCCUGCCAACCUGUACGAGGACUGGAUCAAAGAAAAUUUUGGGUACACAAGUAUACGGGAAAAUAUCAUGGAAGUGAGACUUUAUUAUGAGAGCCUAGUGUAUAAAACCUUCGAAAAAGUGCAGAAAAUCACCUUUAUUGAUAUUCUUGCGUCAAUAGGCGGACAGAUGGGUAUAUUCCUGGGGGCCAGCGUCCUGACCUUGUCAGAGCUAAUGGAGGUCAUGGUCAUGUCCAUCGUUGUCCUUCUCCAAAAGAUGUUUCGUCCGACGAGCCUGGCACCAAUGCCUGUAUCACCCGCCAAGAAUAACCAAUAGAUGCGACUUCGGGCGAUAUCCGAAAAUCCAUGAUCUAUUCACAGUAACAUUAUCACGCACUAACGUUUUGGCGCUUAGUACAAGUAGUUUUGGUCUUUGCAACUUAUUAUAGAGCUAUCAUCAUUCCAUUCCCUUACCUUCUAAAACUUGGUUCAGCAUACUUAUACACAUGUUGGUAUGUAAAUUGUAUAUAUUAUAUGUAAAACUUAAUUGUUUUCGCAUCGUGAUUUCAUGUACUUAUAAUGAAAUUAUAUCAAUU